AUGGCCGAGCCCGAUACUAAGUCCCUUGAGCCCGAGAAGCCCAUUAGCGAUGAGGAACAGCUAGCCGCUAUGGGCCAUGUCCAGGAGCUGCGCCGAGAGUUCUCACUGUGGUCCAUUGUGUGCCUUCAGAUCUCCUUGAUGGCCACUUGGGAGGCCCUCUCGUCGGUCGUGGCAACCGCGUUGACCAAUGGUGGCCCCCCGUGUCUAUUUUACAAUUAUAUUAUUUCUUUGGUUGGCACCGUGCUGGUCGUGCUUUCGCUAGGCGAGAUUGCCUCUAUUUAUCCUACUGCCGGCGGGCAAUACCAUUGGGUCUUUUGCCUUACUCCUGUAUCGUAUCAAUCAACUGCCGCCUGGUUUACUGGCUGGAUUUCAAUUGGCGGACAACUGGUACUGACGGCAUCGGCGGCGUUCGCGGCUGGGCUGCAACUGCAAGCCCUCAUUACAAUGAACCAAAUGGACUCCUAUACCCCACUUCGGUGGCAGGGAAUGCUCUUUUAUUGGCUCAUCCUGGUGUAUUCGGGUAUGAUCAACAUUUGGGGGUCCAAGAUUCUUCCGCACACGAAUACUGCGGCUGGGGUCAUGUCAUCCAAACACUCGGCAGAAUAUGUAUUUACGGGGUUCUCCAAUUCCAGUGGCUGGGACAACAAUGGAGUAUCCUGCGAAGAGCUUCCCAAGCCUUCUCGCAAUGUUCCUCUGGCUAUGGUGGGUAGUGUUGCCAUCAACGGGGUCAUCGGCUUGAUUUACGCCAUUGUGCUGUUAUUUGCCCUUGGCGACCUCAAAUCUUUGCUCAAAUCCAAGGUUGGAUUCCCCUUUAUGCAACUUUUUCUCAAUGUGACGGGCUCGCCAGCUGGGGCAUCACUUCUAGCUCUCUGUGUCACCUUAAUCGCCGUCGCCGCUAAUUCCGCCGGGGUCACCUCAACUAGUCGCACGGCCUGGGCAUUCGCUCGUGACCGCGGUAUGCCUGCAUCCAGCUUUCUGUCGAUUAUCAACCCGAUGCUCAAGGUCCCUGUGCGCAUGGUUGUGCUGGUGGUCUUCCUGCAGAUGCUGCUCGGACUGAUUUAUCUGGGCAGCUCGACCGCUUUCAAUGCUGUGUUGUCUAUGGCCAUCCUGGGCAUGUACGCAUCAUACCUGUCGCCAAUAUUCUUCAUGUUACUCUAUGGUCGACGUUCCUGCCCAUCGAUCACGCACAGAUUGGGACUGGGUUCGUUCAACUUGGGCCCGCGAUGGGGACCAGUGGUCAACGUCAUGGCCAUCCUAUGGCUGUUACUAGCAAUGGUGUUCAGCACGUUUCCUACCGUAGAGCCAGUGACACCGGUCAACAUGAACUAUUGUGUAGUCGUGACGAUGGGAUGGAUGUUGAUCGGUGGGUUGUAUUAUUAUCUGGACGGUAAAAGGCGAUUCAAAGGGCCUGUGGUGGAGUUAGCGGAGGUGCUCUUAACUACCCCACUCUGGAGAUCCCUAACUCCCCGUCCAAACCCUAAUGCGGCCGUGUUCAAGGUGAGGGGUUGGUAUGAUAUAAAUAUAGUUGAAGACGGAUAUGGAAUGCAUGUCACCAACUUUCUCGCAAUCAUGUCAAAUAUCAAGACCGUUCAUAUCCCCCAUCUGGGGGGUAUCGAUGCAGCCUAUCAGAUGCCAAAAUCAUACGAUCGUACCAAGCCGACUCUCGUCUUGAUAAAUGCAUUUACCACGUCGUCAGAGUUUUUCAGGGCGCAAUUUGGAAACUCCAAGUUGACCGAUACCUUGAACCUGUUGGCUAUCGAGCUGCUGGGCCAUGGUCAGACACGCGCAGCUCGCGAGCAUUGGACGUACUGGGAUUCCGCGGAGAUGAACCUUCAAGUGUUGGAUGCGCUGGGCAUUGAGAAAGCAUUUGCGCUGGGUGUCAGCCAAGGCGGUUGGGUUGCAGUGCAGAUGGCGCUGAUGCGGCCCGAGAAGAUGGUCGGUAUUGUUCCUGUAGGAACAUCGAUGGAUAAUGAGUCGGAGCGCAGUCGCCAGCUGCAGUGCUGGGAUGGACCGACGAUCGUGACGAGCUUUGUCAACCAGUGGAGCAGCAGUCAGCCUACCCCGGACUUUGAGCCCGACCUGGGAUUCUGUGAUGCGCUUAUUGACGUUGGUUUCAACAAGUGUCCUGAUGAGGUGCGUGAGUUCUGGAGGGCGAAAAUCAAGUCAAACUAUCGUGGAGAUGAGGGCCGGCGCCGUAUGCGCAUGGCAGCCAUCAACCUUGCGGAGCGCGGUAGCCUCCAUCUCCGACUUCCAGACGUUCAGUGCCCGGUCAUGUGGCUGCAUGGCACUGAAGAUGCUGUUUUCUCCUUGGCAAAUGCCAAAGAAGAGAUUGGAAUGUUUACCCGCUCACCGGACGCGUGCUUGAUCGGCAUCGACGGAGGAGCGCAUUUCCUAAACCAUGUCCACGCGGCAGAAGUUGAUACAGCCGUUUUGAAUUUUGUUUCCAAGUAUUACCAGUUAAAAUGA